CGUGAGGCCGGUGUUAGCUGGGGGUGGCUAAGCGGGCUUGUGCCGCUCCGCACAGGGAGAAGCGGUCUCUGGACACCGGGCUGUGUGGCCCGGAUUUUUUCCCAUGCCUCGCGGAGCCGUUGCAGAAGUGCGGCGGCGAAAGAGAAGGCGGCGGAGAGGCGCCGGAAAGGGGUUAGGUUUGUUUGCAUGUCGCCGUGGACUAGUGUGGGAGGAUGCGCGAGUAUAAAGUGGUGGUUUUGGGCAGCGGCGGGGUCGGUAAAUCCGCCCUGACUGUGCAGUUUGUCACCGGCACUUUCAUCGAGAAGUAUGACCCAACCAUCGAGGACUUUUACCGGAAAGAGAUUGAGGUGGACUCGUCCCCCUCCGUACUGGAGAUCCUAGAUACAGCAGGCACUGAACAGUUCGCUUCUAUGCGUGAUUUGUACAUCAAAAACGGGCAGGGCUUCAUUCUGGUGUACAGCCUGGUGAACCAACAGAGCUUCCAGGACAUCAAGCCUAUGAGGGACCAGAUCAUCCGCGUCAAAAGAUAUGAAAAAGUACCAGUUAUCUUGGUUGGCAAUAAAGUUGACCUAGAAAGUGAACGUGAAGUCUCGUCAAACGAAGGACGUUCCUUGGCAGAAGAUUGGGGUUGCCCCUUCAUGGAAACAUCUGCUAAAAGUAAAACCAUGGUAGAUGAGCUUUUUGCGGAAAUCGUGAGACAAAUGAACUACGCAGCCCAGCCAGACAAAGAUGACCCUUGCUGUUCUGCUUGCAAUAUACAAUAGCAUUCACAUGUAAAGAGAAAAUCUAGUUAUAAAUUACUAUUUUCACAGCAAUGAUAAUGAAAAUUGUAAUUUUUUUUUACGUUUCAUCCAAAGAGAAGCAUCUUAAAUGAGUCAUUGUGCAAAAGAUAAGCAUAUCCGUUAAUAAUAAUGUGCUUCUACUUCCAAUUCACGUACCUACACCAUUGUUAGGUCCAUACAUUUACUUAAAUUGGCGAAGUAUCUCUAAAUUUUUAUAUUAGGAGGUUUUAUGGCUUCACAAAAAUGCUUUGCCACUUUAAACAUUGGAACAUCCACCUCCAUGGAAAUGACUUAAUGGAAAAGCUUACACAGAAGACUUCCAGUGACAUAUGAUAUUUUGUGCUUCAGCAUUUGGCAAUAUUUUCAAAAUAAUACUUAUUUUUCAACGUAAUGAGACAAAAUAACAAGUUUUGUUAUUGGACGAUGAUUGGAGAUUCUGUGCCUGUGUGUGCUUUUGGUGCUGCCUAUAAGAAUGUUUGGUCCUAUGUAACAGCGAAGAAAUGUCCUAACACUUGCAAAGUGAGAACACUUUCUGGAGACUCACACAACUUUUGAGACUUUUAGUAUAUAAAUAGUCUUGUUUGGGAAAUUUGUUUUAUUCUCACAAUCAUAAAAUCUCUAACAGAUCUCACCAAAACCAGAUAACAUCAGUGUGAUGAUGAAUUUAAACUUGCACUUCAGGACUACAUCUGAUAUUAGAAUAUUUUCUCAUUUUUAUUUUGCAUAGUAUAAUUUGGUAUAACAGUAGAGAGCUAACAAACUUAGCUCAUAGGUUAGCCUAAGGUGAAUGUUGCUGUGAAAUAGGUACUGAAGCUCCUGAUGUUAAAUUGGACUGUUCUUGAGUAUGUAUUAUAUGCAUGGGCAAUGGCAAACAAAUGCAAAUUGUAUGCUUACUAUUGUCUAAGACAAUUUAUAUGGAUCUAUUAUAUAAUUUGGAACAAAAAAAAAGAUAUUUGAUCAUGUGUUCUCCUGUGGAAUUAAGACAUUGGUCAAAUCUUAUCUUAAUUUAACAGAUAUAUAUUUUUUUUUAAUUAGUUUUUUUUUUCUUGUUAAAUGAGAGUGAGUAGCGUGAAUGUACAGUAUAUAUAAAUGUAUGCUGGUUUAACAUUGUGUUUGAGUUGCAGUUCUUAACAGCUUGAGAUGGUGGUGUUGCUUUAUCUCUGACAAAUUACUACAGGCAACUUGGCUUUUCAUCAUUAUUUUGCAAAAGUCUGAUUUGAUUCAGGCGCUUGUUUUGGAAUGUGUUCUGCAUGUUUUAAGACUGUAAGCUCCUGAUCUUGAAAAUUUUAGAAUGGUGUUCCCUUAAAUUGUGCCGUUAUUAUUUUAUCUUACCUUUUUGUUCUUAUGUGAUUUCCGUUAAUGUAAUUUGUAUGUAACAGUACACAUUUCAUUUUCUAUGUCAUAUUUUGUUCUGAAGUUUUUUUUUAUUUCAUAAGGUUUACGUUAAUAUUGUCAGAAUGAUAUAUUCCAUUGAAAACAUUUGGGCUAUUUCAGUACAACGGAACAAAUGUUAUAUUUGUCGUGUGUGAUCAUUUUGCUAUCCUGUUACUGGGCAUUUGCUUUACGCAUUGUUAAAUAUUACUUUUUGUUCUUACUUUGAGCUAGAUUACAAGUGGUGCUCUAUUUAGCACUUCCACUCGAGCGUAAACUUCGCUAGAAGUAAUAGAUAUGAGUGCAUCCGGUUUCCCGCGUAUUACAAGUUGAAAGUAAAACGUUUGCACAUGAGCAAAACCCGACGUAUGCCAACCAAAGGACUUUGCAAUAUUGUGACUGCGUCAACUUAGUCUUCCCUAGAAGUCAAUAGCACAGAAGAAGAAAAUUAACCCUUAUCGCUCAUAUGCUAAACCAGUAGGAGUUAUUCAUAUUUCACUUUCCAAUGUCCUUUACAAUAAAAAUGACAUUGAUCUGUAUGUGAAUACAUAUUUCUAUAUCUGUAUAUACCUAUACCUGUAUAUCUAUUGCUAUAGGUGUAAGAUAUCUAUACCUUUUUAUAUUAACAUUGUCAUAUAUAUAUAUAUAUAUACAUAUAUAUAUAUAUAUAUAUAUGCACUGAAUUAUCCAGUUAGGGCAGUCUAUAUGUUUUAAUAUAUAUAUAUAUAUUUAUAUUUAAUUUUUUUUAUUAUAUAUUUAAAUAACACAAUGUAAGAUUAGUAAUUCUUCAUGUGUGCUAACCCGACACCGUGUUAGACUUAAAGCGUGAACCCCUAUAUGCGUUACGCAUUUAUGUUCACAUUUAAUUUUUUUUAUUAAUAUUUAUAAAUCUGAUCAUUUUAAUGUAAAAUAUUUAUAUCUAUAGGAAUACGUAUGUACAGAUAUAUAUAGAUAAAUGUAUUUACAAUAAAAAUUACAUUAUUCUAUGUGAAGAACAUUGGAAUGUGAAAUAUGUACAGUAAAUAUACAUGUGAAAUAUGUACAGUAAAUAUACAGCAUAUCACAUAAAAAUAUAUAUAUAUAUAUAUAUAUAUAUGUAUUCACAUACAUAGACAUGUUUAUAUAUACAAAAUAGCACUUUGCAGUCAAAACCCCUUGCAAUAUAGCAUAUAGCUUUUAACUCACCUUUUUUGUUGUUGUUAAUAUUUAUAAUAAUUUUUAAUAUUUUUUUUAACACAUUACCCUUUACGCAACGGUUUCAGUCACACUAACCCGAUGAGCAUAAAACGUGAUAGCAUGUUUACUUUCAACUUGCAAUACGUGCGCUGAUAUUAUUAUAGCGCCACUUGUAAUCUAGCCCUUUGUAGAUUAAUGCUACUGCUGUUUAUUUAGACACUCCAUAUUUUAUGGUUGUAAAAUGGAAGCUGGUACUCCAUAUCAUUUCACUCAGUUGUUAGCAGAAUAAGUGACAGUUUAAUUGCUGUAUCUAUUACCUGAGUUCUGCUGAUGGUUUGAAAUUGUACUCUGUUAAAUUAGCUUUUAUGUUAUAUCACAAUUUAUAAAACUGUUCAAAACAUUUGAUAACUUUUAUCAUUCAAUUGUAACUAAACCUUUAAUUGCUAGAAUUCAAAUUUUAUCUAAAAACUUCUUGUUGAAAAAAUUGGAUAUAAAAAGAAAUGUACUUUUUUUUUCACCAUAAAAGAAUCUUUGACUCACCACAAUAUGUGGUAUUACUUUGUUGUAAAUUGCCUUGAGCUGUAAACUAUGAGGGAACAUUUAUUUUCUGUCCGUGUUUUUUUUAUAUUACAUUUCUUUAAACAAAGUAUUACAUUUAACCAGAACUAAUGUCUGAAUUCAUUAAAUAUAAACUGAAUAUAUGUGCUCUAAUGCUUUUGCAUACACGAUGAACAAGACUAUUCUAUAGAAUAAUAAAAUACACACAAGACUGAUAAAACCCAAACAGCCUGUAUUCCCCACAAAAUCAGUUGUUUACAUUUAGAGAGGGACUGAAAGCUCUUCCAGUCACAAAGUGCAUUAAAAUAGUUAAUUUACCAAGUUUUUCAUUAUUUUUAUUGGAAGUCUAUAUUUAUUAUAAUUUUAUGGUUAUUGUUUACAUGAAACGAUCUAAUUCCAUUUUAUGAACUAAGCAACUGUUGAAUUUGUUUUAAGAAAAAAACAUAUCCGGGGCUUACAACAUGUUCAGCAAUUUGGAGCACACUGUACAAAAAAUUACAGCUACUUUAGUUUCUAAAUUUUUCUUUGGUUAUAGCCAUUUGGUCCAAAACUGCUAAGUCCAUUUAUAUCCUUUUUUCUUUGAGUAAAGUAAUGGAAAAUAUUGAUGUUUAUUAAUAAAUGAUAAUCCUAAAUGCAA